AUGUCUCACGCGAUAUCUUUCAAGGUCCGGAGGUGGGUUCCGGCGCUCACAAAAAUUGAAGAUGACACGCUGGUUCCCGUGCCACUUAUGGACUUGUUCCAGCUCCUUGACCCUCCAUCGCGCAGGUCUGCUGCCAAGCUGCCGGCCUUGCCGUUCAGUUUGGACCCAGCAGUUGCAGAGGUAAUACCACUCAUAGAUGGUGCCCAGGGCUUGGAAGCCAACUGGAAGCUGCCAGACUGGCUGGAACCGGGUUGGACCAACACACAGCCACUGCACCAGGUAAGCAGCGUCCAAUGCAUAGCACGCAGCUGUGCGCUAAGAAGUGACUAUGCCGCGUUCUCAGUUUUAUCUGCUCGACAGUCGUCGGAGUCGUUGCAUGAUACACGUGUGUCAGUAAGAACCAAUGCCGCAAGGUUGUCAUGA